AUGGAUAAGCAAACACACAUGUACGAUGUGCUCGGCAAGAGGAAGCCGGGUGUCAUGAAGGCAGUCGUUGCUGCUCGCUACGAGAACGCUUCGCAAACAUUCAACAAGCUGUGCUCAAAUUUCAUUCCCUUUGCACAACUUCUUCCCCAAACAGAAACACAGCAUCAGGCUCUCGAUGAUGCAUUUGCACGCCUCACAAUCUGGGGCCACGAGACAGGGGCCGAGGACCACACUCUGGAUUACAAGCUGCGGAAGUCAAAAGAUCUCCACGACACGGUGGUCGAGGCGCUCCAAGAGCUGCAGGUAUCGCUCGAUGAAGCGACUGACUACGGCACAGCUCUGCAACUGCUCGAAGAUGAGAAACUUCAACAAUGGUCCAGUCGUGCCACGGAUGACCAAGCUGACCGCUCUCUACCACCCGUCACAGUUAUUCCAGACAAUGAAGAUGGAACUGCCAGCCGAGAUGAGCUGAUUCCGGGCACAGUCGACGGUGCAUCGCUGGACGACGCGCAGACCGCUGAUCUACUCGAGGCGCUCUCUGAUGUUUUCGACUUCAUUGGCGAGCGUGUAGAGAAUUUGAUCAUGCUCGGUCCUAGCCUCGACCGCCCGUACCCGCAGGACAUCGACACAUACUCAUCAAGCAUCAGCAACACUAGCGACGUGAGCGACCAACUCGACAUUGAGCGCGCAAAGCUUGAGUUUCCCACGGCAUCAAAUAUUCUCAAAACUCGCCUUGGCCGUGCCAACUGGAAGCGGCGGGUCUCUCAGGCGGUUGUUCAGGAACAGAUCCAACAAGAUGGCAAGGUCCACAUCACCAAAAAGGGAAGCAAAAAGCCCCACCAUCACGAUGUAGCACAGGAUGCUUUCAACUUCCAGAAGCCGACGUUGAAGCCGGGGAGACGACAGACAGUACCAAAAGUGCCCAUGUUCUUACCUCUCAUGUCGAUUGCCGCGAGCAGUGCGGCACCCUCUGAAACGGCAUCCAUAUUCGAUGUGGACCACACCGUGGCACCAAAGCUGACUCGAGCCGAAUCUGCGACGACCAUGGCGACCAUGGCGACUUUCAACUCCAAAAAACUCCAGAUGUCGGGCAGCGGCAUGUUGGGGCAACCACCUACGAAAGCAGCACUGUUUCCGAGACCGCCAUUGCAGCUUACCGAGUUACCCAAAGGAAAGACGCAAAUGUUCACCUGCAACUUUUGCGGCUACGAUCUGGAAGCCGGUGGCAAGAUCAAGACCGAGGAAGACUGGAACGAGCACCUCCUCGAAGAUCUGGAACCAUAUUUAUGCACUUUCGACAAGUGCUUUAGUGCCCAAGAGACCUACGCACAGCGUGACGAGUGGUACCGCCACGAGCUGGAAUCGCACCGCAUCAAAAAGACGUGGCCGUGCCCUGCUUGUAUGAAAGAGUUUGACACCAAGAGCGAGGCGUCCGAACAUCUUGUGCAGACACACUGCGGGGAGCUCAAAGACGACAAAGAGGUGGCCAUGAUGAAGGCCAUGCUGCGACAGACGCUCUCAGGUCAACAUGUGGGCACGCAGAUAUGUCCUCUGUGCGGCGACAAAGUAGAGGCUUCUGCCUGCAAGGACCACAUCGGACGGCACCUCGAGUACUUUGCGCUCCUUGCCGUUGCCAACGAGGACGUUUCGGAGGAGGACGAUUCUGACGACAUCUUUUCGCAAAGCGACGAUGCCAUGUCUGAACGCGGCCGAAAGGAGUUUGUUCUCAACACCUUUGUCACCGAGCAGUUCAAGCUGAAUCUGGAGCGAGGUAAACAGCCGCCUGAUCUGUUCAUGGAUAGUAGCAGCCGGCUGGACCUGUUGGACGACAUGUCGGACUACGACGGCUCCAAAGACUCAGACUCGCGCUUCGGUGGUGGUCAUGGAGAGACACGGCAGAUGCUUAUCGAUCGCAUGUUCCAGACGGGAAACACCUCUGGAGCAGCGCAACAGACUUCGGUCGGCCGCACCGGUGAAACCUUUGAGCGCGACACCCCAGCGAGGCGGAUGACGACAUCGACGACCACAAGUCAAAAGACACGACAGGCCUUGCAGUUAGCUGCGAAGCCACCGUCUUUGGCAUCGUCCACAGAAAAGAUGCCUUUGCUGCGCACCUUCUCGUCGCCGCGCAAUUCGGAUUUCAUGGGCCGUGAUAAGGAGCUGGCCAAUUUGUACAAGAUAUUGUCCGAGCCUGGCAGAGUAUGUGUCGUGAGCGGCGAAGGCGGCAUGGGAAAGACAGCUCUCGCCGUCGAGUACAGCUGGCGCUUUGAGCAGAGCUAUCACUACAUCUUUUGGGUGCAGGCGGAGACACCCGUCGGGUCAAGCGACACCUUCUCGCAAAUCGCCCAGCAACUGCAGCUGGCCCCAGACGGCACCGAUCAAGAUACGCUGGUCCGGCUUGGCCGCGAGUUUAUCGAGCAGAUCAAGGACAGGCGGUGGCUCAUGGUUCUCGACAACGUGGACCGCUGGGAAGACAUUGACGCAUACAUGCCCAACAAGACAUCAGCCACCCAAGGGUCCAUCCUAAUCACGACACGGCACGAGAGCCUAACGGCACCAUCGCGGCCUGUUAACUACUACCGCGUCAUGCUUGAGGAGCUGAACGUCGAGGAAGGCCGGAAACUUCUCAUCUUUGGGCUCCCAGAAGAGUUGCGCCCCGAAGAAAUGUCGCUGCGCGAUCCUGAAUAUAAAGUGGCGGGCGAGAUUGCAGGGUUAAUUGGGCUGCCGCUUCUGAUUGUCUACGUCUCAGGGUACAUCAAGAAGUCUGGGUGUACACUCUCGGAGUUUUGGGAGUAUUGGAACGAGUGGCGGCCAAACGCGUGGAUGAGCGCCAACACCACUCAAGGAGAACGCCAGGAGCCUAGCACCGCUGGCCGAGAAAGUGUACUCUAUGUUGCGCUCCGGGAUCUGAGUUCUGACGAGAUGAAACUGCUCAAGAUUAUGGCCUUCCUUGACAGCAACGGCAUCCAGCGCGAAGUAUUAGAGUGGAACAACCCAGACCAGCCGGGACCGACCUACCUCAAAAAGAGCCGUCUUCGUGUUAUCAUCAGCAAGCUUAAAAGUCAGAGCAUUGUUUCCGAGAGAGAACAGGGCGGCCGCGAGAUCUACACCGUUCACCGUCUGCUACAGUCGAAGCUGUUGCAGGACAUGAAUGCAAAUCGAGACGAGCGAGACAUUAUCUUCGGCAUUGCCUACGAGCUGAUCCGGAACCGUCUUCCUCGGCCGUCGCUUGACACGCCGGAGCAGGCCAAAUGGAACGCGUUCAAGGAGUACCUUCCGCAUGUGCUUAGUUUGCAGAGGGCCUAUGCCGAUCCGCUGUCAAUUGUCAAUGUGAAGCCGUUCCUAGGACUGGCAGAGCUGUUCAAAGAUGGCGGUGUCCUGCUAUGGCAGCGGUACAUCCAUGGGGACGCACUGAGACUGCUUCGCUCGGCCGAGCGAGUCUUGGACCAGCUUCCACAAAGCAACGAAAACCUUCGCUCCGAGAUUAACAUCACCAUCAACCUGCUCCUCCAGUACUUUGGCAUCAGCCACCGGAAAGAGAUCAAGGAACGGUCCGCCAAAAUUCUCGAAUACCGUCAGAGUAUGCUAACACAACGGCCGCCGGAGAGCGUCACCAAUGAGGACAAGCUCGUGCUGAACAACGCGCGAGCCGAUUAUGCCAACACGUUGCUUCAGUUCAACGACUUCCGGAAGGCCGAGCCCAUCUACGAAGAGUGCUUGGCCAUCUACACAGAAAUUGGCAAGGCCGAAGACGGCGGGACCGCCUUUGCCAUUGCCAAGCUGCACCACCACCUGGCCUAUUGCAAGAUGUAUCGGCGGCAGUUUGACGAGGCGCUGGCGCUGAGUAAUAAAGCUGUGCGCAUUAUCGAGAGUGUCAGCGACAUGGCCAUGGCGCUGCGGUACCGUUUCGAUCUCGCAUGCAUCAUGCUGCAGUCAGGUAAUCUGCAGCAGGCGCUCGACAUGCACCAGGACAUUCUCAAGGCGCGUCUCGGCUUCCAGGGUCGCGCCAGCUACUUUACGCUCCAAAGUCAAUACGCGGUCGCCGCCCUGUGCCACUACCUCGGCCGCCUCGAGGAUGCCGAGAUUCUGAUGCAGUCAGCACUGAGCAAGGCGGCCAGCCGUGGUGGCAAGAACUUUUGGCCCGACGCCGCCGUGGCGCGCACCAAGUACCAUCUGUCGCUGAUCAUGACCGAGCGCAUCCAAGCCGAUGGCGAGAACGAACAGACAGACAAGCUUCGGAACGCGGCUCGGAAGCUGGCCUUUGAAGCCAAAGAUGUGCUGUCCCGCAUGCUGCCCUAUGAUCCCGACACCAUCACCGGUGUGCGCGAGGAAGACAUAUUGGCACUGUUUGAUCACCUGCAGCCCGUCUUUGGCGGACGCUUUACAAGUACGAAGCUGCUGGGUUAUGUGUCUCACGAGGAGGAGUAG